AUGGACGCUACGGCCCCAACACCAGCACCGCUAUCCUCAUCACCUCCAUCAUCUCCAAUGGAUUCCUCUUCCCAGUCAACAUCCUUGAACGCCAUGUGUAGUAUGUCAGGGAAUCGCUCUCUGCAUGAAUGCCGCCAGUAUCUGUCAAGUUACGACUCGGCUACCAGCGAGAGUCCCGACAUCAAAAGGCUACGGCGAAAGAACGCCGCAUUGAACUUGAACCAGUCCCAGAUGUCCCUGGACCACCACUACGAGUACCCAUUCUCGGUCUCGUCGGUAGCGUCAAGUCCUCCGCCAUUAUCCCCGUCGCAUUCACCCAGCGCUCUAAGCGAGCAGUCUGAGAGCCUGGAUGGCUUCCUCCGUAUGGGAUAUCACCGCCAUGUAUCUCCAGUAGACCCGUGCUUACUUGCGGAUAUAGCCCCGGGGACCCCCAGCUCCGUAGACGACCAUAUAUACCUCAAUCAGAACCCCCACAAGAUCCUGGACUCGUUCCGGGAUCGACUCGAGAGAUACCCCGACUCAGAUCCCAAACCAGUCCCACGCAAUCCCCCCGCAUCUGUCCACAGACACACAAAGCGAUACUCAGACUCGAUGCUUCUCAAUGUAACCAAGCCCACUGCCACCAUCAUCCAUCAAGGUACCUCGUUCGAGAUUCUCAACCCCCAUGAAUCACUCCACUUCGCUCGCAUCGUCUCGUACAUCGAAGACGUCGACAGCUUCUCCACAGGCCACAACAGAGACUCCUACAUCUCAUUCACCGAAGACACCGUGAUCAUCGAAUCGGACCCAUGGUCUUACGACCCCCCGCCGCAAGCCCGCGUCCAAACCAACACGGAAGAAGCCCUCGAAGAAGAGAACCGAAAGUCCCAACUAGAUAUCGGCGACACCCAAGGCCUCCUCCACCACCACCUCAUGCCCUCCAUCAAUGAGCUCCUCGAAGAAACAGCCCUCAACAACAUGGCCCGCCACCUCCCCAGGCCAUGCACCAGCCCAACCAACGAAAGCGAUCUCGGCGAGCCGGAGACCCCAUCUACGACGACGACAAAAACAACAACCACCCCAUGA